CAAUCGCAAGCUGGGACUCUUCGUCUCCGGUAAUGAACUCUUCGUUCGACAGCUGGGACUCUUCAUCUUACAAGGAUGCCUUAUGGCAAUGUGACGUUAGUGCAAGCUGGACUCUUUGUCUACAGCUUGCGGCAAGUUGGACUCUUUGUCUACAGCUUGCAGAAGCUGGACUCUUCAUCUACAGCUUCGUCCUAAUUAAAUCUUUCUGA